GCUCAUACUGAAGACAAACCUUGCGACCUGUCACAGCUAAAUUUUGAGUUAACAAAUAUGUAUGUUCCCGAUAAAGGAACACGCAGAAUAUCGUUUAUGAGCCUCUGAAACUCCAGGAAAUAUGUUGCGUACUUAUAUGAUGACAAAACGCAAUAGGAAAAUUUUCCAACUAUGACGCGAUGACUCCGUUUUAGGAUUCGCCUAUCAACAUUGCGUCGUAAGAGGAGUAGAUUACAAUGUUUCAGGGAUAAUAUUCUAGGAAUUUGAUUACACGUUGAAGAACAAGGAAUACACAGAAGGAUGACCUUGAAUAUUUUAGGUGAGCGUAGAGGGCAUGGACGGAAUGGUGGAGGAGAACGGUACGUCGACGGGCGCGAGCGCGGACCCGCUGGGCGGCGCGGGUGGUGCGGGAGGGUCGGGGGCGCCGAUGACCGCUGCUGCUCCCGCGCAUGUCGUCGCCGUCACCAGCAUCGUCCAGCUAACCUUGCCCACUCAGGCUCCCUCCGCACAGGUCCAAUCUGUAAUACAACCCAAUCAGCAAUCUGUGAUUCAGACAGCAUCAAACAUUCAAUCAGUGCAGUUACCUAAAGGAAAUGUUAUACUUGUUAGCAAGCCUAGCUCUGUUAUACAUACCACACAGGGCACAUUACAAACAUUACAGAUAAAGCCAGAGCCAAACACAUUGGUGAGCACGCAAGGACAGUCCUGCAGUGAUGAAAGUUGCAGUGAUGAUGACAGUCCAAAGCGAAAAUACAGGGAAAUGUUGACUCGCCGCCCAUCUUAUCGCAAGAUCCUUAACGAUCUAGGAGGAGCUGAGAUUGCUGACAAUCGUAUGGGAUCUAAACCUGGAUGCGAGAAUGAAGUGUCGCUGUCAGCUCCUUUAUCGUUUGCACCAGUGAUUCCAGCGGGAGCGCUGCAGGCGGAGAGCGGGCUGCACACGCUGGCAGUGUCAGGCGCGGCGGGCGGCGGGGCCAUCGUGCAGUACGCCAACCAGGAUGGACAGUUCUACGUGCCGGGUCCAAUGUUAGAGGAUCAAACUCGUAAACGUGAGAUGAGGUUGCUGAAAAAUCGCGAGGCUGCGAGGGAAUGUCGUCGAAAGAAGAAAGAAUACAUCAAAUGCCUAGAGAACAGAGUUGCAGUACUAGAAAAUCAAAACAAAGCCCUAAUAGAGGAACUCAAAACUUUGAAAGAACUUUAUUGCCAACAAAAAACAGAAUGAGGCCCAGCCGGCUAACCAGAUGUGCCACUGCCCUGCCGGUGAGAGCUCUGAGGCACACGUCAUGUCACUCCUGUUGCUCCGUGCGGAGACGCGCUCGCUCGAUGGCGCCCCAGCGACGAGCCCAAUGUUGCUCGAAAGUAAUGUUGUCCAUCUUUGCUGACAUACGGUAGACCAAAAUCGUAAUGUCGAAUUAUUCAUGAACGAUUUGAUAAGUAAUAAAUGAGUAAAUCAAUUUAUUAAUGUCUGGAAAUAAUAUUAGAUUUGGAUAUUUUGUUAAUGACUUAUUUCCGUUGUUGUUUUUAUGUCCGUUGCUAUAAUUUUAUACAUCUUGAAGAUAACAGAACAGAGUCAAGUGAGUAUGUAGUUAUAAGAAAGGUAGUUACAUUGUUAUGUUUUCUUUGAAAGUAAAUUUUUAUUCCCCUGAACUUUAGUCACGUGGGUUUCGCUACCAUUCCAAAAUGUAUAUUUUUGACAGUUGAUUUCUAACAGCGCCUUAUCCCAAGCUUGACUUUUGUGCCAUUUUUUUUAAGUUGGAGUGUUUCUUGAAUUACUAAAAUGAAAUAAGUCUUAUUUAACUGCCCUGGGUUAACUUUUUACAUGCCUAUUUUUAUUAUAGGCAUAUAGUUUUGAACCCUUGUGUUAUAUAUUGGUUGGACUAAAAGGAGAGCUGAUUAACUCUUUUUUUUACACUUUUAUGAUAGGUAACAGAUAAUGGUGACCAGUACCCUCUUAUUUCAGUAGUUAUCAUGGCGAUUUAAAGUCUUCUAAGUACUUUCAACACCAUAAGUGUGUUUAAUGGAUAAGCCAAAGUUAUAUUUUAGUUGUUUUGUGCAAUAGCCAUAUUGCAAUGUACAGAUUUAACUAUCUUUUUCUACUUCUUACAAAUUCAAUAUGGUAGAUGGAAUAAAAGUGUUGUACAUUGUGUAUAGAUAAUAUAGAUGUAUAUUGAAUAGAAUGUAUAUUGAACGUUUUAAUUAUGUACAUAAAUUUAUUGUUUAUGUGAAUGAUGGAAUGGUUGCAUGCCGUAUUUCUCAGUUCAAAUAUUCUUUUGGAAUAAAGAAUCAUGAAAUAUCAACAUAAGUCUGUUGUUAGCUAGCACCAUUCAUGUUUAAAUAUUCACGAAAAUGAAAUAUUUUUUAUCAAAGGGUAAAUUUAGUUAACUAUCAGAUUAAAUAUAAGAUAGGUAUUGUAUUUUGCCAUGAUUGAUAUGUGCUAGAAUAAUUUUGGUUUGGUGAUCUAUAUAUUUAUUUUUGACUUGAACUUUGUUGUCGGACAUAAUACAUUUUGUUAUAAUAACUCAUAUCAAUCAUGGCAAAUUGAUUAAGAUUAGACAUUGUGGAAAGUGCCUUUAAAUUUAGAAUGGAUAAAGUUUAUACCGACAUAGCUUUUUAUGUUAACUUAAUGCUAUUUAUAAAUACUUAUUAAUAAUAUUAAUUGUUUGAUGUA